CCUUGUCCACAUAUUCUCCUUCUUGUCAUAAAUGUUCUUGGUUGUACCGCGAACAUUUUUAAUAAGUAAUAAAAGUAAAAAUACAACGUUUUCCAAAUGUUUUAAUUCUUAGUUUUACAUUGUAAAUUAAGAAAACUAGUGUUUGGCUGUUACAUGAAGCAUCGAAAGUGAUUUUAAAUCAGAUGUAAAUGCAAAUAAUUGUCGCGAUAUAUCAUACUAGUGUUUAUUAGUCAGUGUAACGGUAUUAAAAACUACUUACUACAUACGUUUGAUGUUAAUCUAAACGUAAAAGUUUUUUUAGGAUUCAUGCUGUAAAAAAUCGUGAUAAUUUAAGUCUAAAAGAAAAAAAUGGAUGGGCAGGGAUCUGAUAUUACCUUUAUUUUUCAAUUUGGACUCAUACGAGAUACAGUGACAGUUCCGCAGUCUUCCUUAAAUUUUAAAAACCUAAAAGAUUUAGCAUGUAACUUUAUCCAUAAUAAGAUUCCUGAUCAUGGAAUUAAUCGAUUGGAAGAUCGAGUGCUUUUAUUUCGACAUGAAUACACCUCGAAUAAUAUUUUACAAUUCAUUAAUUCUUCAGCUGAUAUUACAGAUGAAACGUUAGUUGAAAUUGUUUUAACUGGAAAGCCUCCUUCGGUACAAUCGGAAAUUACAAUUGUCAGGCCACAUGCUAUGUCUGUACAUUCAUAUAAAAUUCCAACCUUUUGUGAUUUUUGUGGAGAAAUGUUAUUUGGACUUGUUAAGCAAGGACUUAAAUGUGCAGGUUGUGGCCAAAAUUAUCAUAAACGUUGUAUAGUAAAAGUGCCAAAUAAUUGCUCGUACAUACUGUUAGAAGAUAAGCCAGGAAAACGGUCGCAUAAUCUUCAAGUGCCACGUAGUCCAUCUGGUGGAUCAAACUCAUCCGCGACAUCCGGAAAUUCGGGAAAUACCGACGAGACCAACAGCUGGAAUAGAUCAUUAGAAGCACCAACUUUAACAUUGGGAGGUCGAUUAAUUUCCUUCGAACGUGCGGGCCCCAAUCGAAUUCUACAUAAAUUUGAACUACAUACCUACAAAAUUCCAACCGUUUGCCAAGUUUGUAGACGACUUCUAAAGGGGCUUUAUAGGCAAGGUUAUCAAUGCGAAGGUUGUUAUUGGAACGUACAUAAAAAAUGUGUUGAAAAAGCUAAAAUAUAUUGCACAGCGGAAAAAAUUAAAGACGCCGCAAUUGGAAAUUGUGAUUAUGCUGAAAGUACAACAAGUAGUGAUAGUCACAGUAUAUCAAAUUUAAUUGAAGAUGAGAGCGAUUCAGAAAAAACAUCUCAAACAUCGCAAAUAAAUGGAUUAUGUGAGAGUGAAGGAGUUCCAGUUAGAGAUGAUGGCGAAUCUACACCAUCUAGUACUUUAUCUUUACAUAGUGCCAACAUUCCGCUACAGAGAAUCGUGCAAUCUGUAAAACAUACGAAACGUAGAGGAUCGAAAGUAAUUAAAGAGGGUUGGUUGGUUCAUUUCACUAAUAAAGAUCGAACUGUGAGGAGACAUUUUUGGCGAUUGGACACUAAAGCGGUAACUUUAUUUCAAAAUGAUAAAGGAUCUAAUUAUUAUCGUGAAAUUCCCUUGGCUGAUAUCCUUACAAUCGAUACGGCUCGCGUAAAACAAGGGGAUAUUAUGCAUUGUUUUGAAAUUCGAACAGCAAACAUCGAUUAUUUCGUUGGACAAGAUUUGUUGUCUAAUUUGGAUCAAGUACAACAAUUAAAUUUUCCGCCUCCAGAAACGGGUAUCGGUGCUUAUUUAGCGAAAAGUUGGGAAACAUCUUUAAGGCAAGCUUUAAUGCCUGUUACAACUAAUUUAAAAAGUGAAGAAAAUCAUGAUACUGAAGAAGAAGUAACUGAUAUGACACAGUUAUAUCAGAUUUGCCCGGAUGAUAUUUUAGGUUCUGGACAAUUUGGAACAGUUUUUGGGGGGAUUCACAAAAAAACGUGUCGACCCGUUGCAAUUAAAGUUAUCGAUAAGUUGAGAUUUCCAACGAAACAAGAAGCUCAAUUAAAAAAUGAAGUCGCUAUUUUACAAAAUUUAUCUCAUUUAGGUGUCGUAAAUUUAGAAAGAAUGUUUGAAACGCCUGAAAGGAUAUUUGUGGUUAUGGAAAAAUUAAAAGGAGAUAUGUUAGAUAUGAUUUUAUCGCAUGAUAAAGGACGUUUACCCGAAAGAGUUACUAAAUUUUUAAUCACCCAGAUUUUAAUAGCUUUAAAACAUCUCCAUACAAAAAACAUUGCACAUUGUGAUUUAAAACCAGAAAAUGUUUUAUUGAGCUCCGACGCUGAUUUUCCACAAGUAAAAUUGUGCGAUUUCGGUUUUGCUCGGAUUAUAGGUGAAAAAUCGUUUCGACGAUCAAUUGUUGGGACUCCAGCUUAUUUAGCACCGGAAGUUUUACUUAAUAAAUGCUAUAAUAGAUCGUUGGAUAUGUGGAGUGUUGGUGUUAUUGUUUAUGUAAGUUUAAGCGGUACAUUCCCAUUUAAUGAAGACGAAGAUAUUAAUCAACAAAUUCAAAAUGCUGGGUUUAUGUAUCCACCAAAUCCAUGGAAAGAAAUAUCUUCUGAAGCUAUUGAAUUAAUAAAUAAGUUAUUGCAAGUUAAACAAAAUAAACGACUUUCUGUUGAUAAAUCUCUUCAGCAUAUUUGGUUACAAGAUUACCAAACUUGGUGUGAUUUGAGAGCUCUUGAAACACAGAUUGGUUUUCGUUACUUAACUCAUGAAUCUGACGAUGUAAGAUGGGAAACUUACAAAGCAAAUUGCCCAUGACCAGCAAAAGGAUGGCUACAUAAUAUGAAAAAGUGCCUACGCGGUCUAAAGGCAUAAUAGAAAAAAAAAGGAAAUUUUAAAAUAUUAAAACGCACACAGUUUCAAGAUUAAUUAAAUAUUUAAGGUAGGAUAUGAUGUCAAUUUGUUUUUAAAUGUUUUAUUCAAAUGAACAAGAACGAAAAGAACAAGAAAUCUUCCAUUCUUCCUGAAAAUUUAUUGAUUUUUGUGUAUCGCCUAGGAAUUAAGAUUAUUAGCUGAUAAAAAUUCUCAGAUAAUCUCGUUUUUAUACUGAAAAAUUAUAUAUUUUUUAAAUCAACAUCACAAUAUGUACUCAUUUUUUUAUACUCUUUUAAAGUGCAAUUUAAAAUUUUAUUGUAACGUUAUUCUUUUUUAUAAAUUAUUUUUUUAAUCGUAUAAAUUAUAAUGUUAUUACGUAGAAUCGUGAUGUGAACGUGGAAUUUCGUAAAUUUUGUGAUAAGGUGUUUUUUUUAUGUAAAUUAUAAAAAAUGUGGUUGUGUAUUUGUUGAUCUGAUAUUUAAGGGAAUUUGAAAAAAACCUUUCCGUAAAAAUGAUUACAAUCUCUUAAUCUUGAAUCUCUUUUUUGUGGGAAGGUUGUAAUUCAGACUUACAUAUUAAAAGCAAGCCUUAAAAAAGCUGUUUUGUCUUAAAAGAAAUUAUAUUUUUCAAUGAAUUAAUGAAUCUGUAUACAUACUCUGUACCUUUCUCAAAAAUCUUUAAAAGAAACCUUAUCGUUAUAAUGUCAAAAUCUAUUUAAUGCAUAUUAAGUUAUUAGAAGAAUACUACCUUUGUCCCAUAAUAAGUGUCUGAUUUGUUGUAAAUUUAAGUCCCGAAAUAGAUAAAUUUUUACAAAUAGUAAGAAAACUCUAGAUUUUUAAGUAUCUUACACGUCAAGUUGAUGCGUUAAAAUUUUUUGACAACAUACAGUAUGGAAAAUCCAUAUUUGAACAUCCUUCGAAAUAUUAGAAUAACACGAAUUUUUGAUGAUUGGUUACUUCUGCAGUUCAAUAACCGAAUGGUAAAGGACAUUUUAAUCACAGUUGACAGAAAAAAACAUAUUCGAACAGUACAAACUUUAAUAAUAACUAAGAAAAUUAUUCUAAUGCUGCUUAACAACAGCACUUCGACACCAAUUCCGCUAGUUUAGUGGUUAAUUGAGGUGGUAUUUGAAUCCAUUCUGUUUUCAACGCUACUUUUACGUCAAUUACGUUUCUAAUUUCUUCUUGAAUAUUGACAAUAGUAUUAAGAUCUGUGAGUUGCUGCACGAUCCCAUGCCAUAUAGAAAAAUCUAUCUUCACCCACCAUUUCAUUUAUAGCCCAUGUCUCGGUCAUUUUCAAAGAAUUUUUUUGAGCAUAUUUAAAUGCUAGUCGUCUUACGGCUUUUGGUACUAAACCAUGAAACAUGUUGCUACAUUGCAACAAGUAUUCCACAAGUUUAGUUUCGUAUUUUUUGGUAAAUAUUUGCCUUUGUGCAAAAUUGGGCGAAAAGUUAACAUUUUCUAUACUAUAUCCCUUGUUAUUUCACAUAAUUAGCGAGUGAGACUUUUUCACAUCAUAAAUUGUCGCAGCAGAACUUAAACUCAUUGUUCUUCUAUUACAGCCAGUACGGCCCUUUUUAUAACAUCUUCCGAAAAAUCGUGGUUCGUCACCCUAUUGUAACUUUGCGGCAUACCUGGUCCUCAAAAUAAUAGAAUAAUUCGCCCUAUAAUUCGUUAGGGAUGCUUUGGACAGCUUUCCAAUCUAUCCCCAUGUUGUCUCUGAUAACAUGAAAAUUCGAAAAAAGAUUGACG